AAAACGAAUUAACUAAUAAUAAGCCAAAAGUUAACGAUUGUCAAAAAUUUGAUCAUGUUCAAUAUGUCUAGCAGAAACGAAGGUAGUUGAUUUAGAAGGUUGUUUUUUAUCGGCUUUAGUACUUAGAGAACUUGCAGCUACCAUUAUGAUCAAAGUAAAAGAAGCUCUGCGCAAGGUGUCUAUGUCAGGAAAAAGAAGAGAUUCAGAUCCUCCUCCGCAGAUCAUUUAUGAAGAUAGUAAAACAGUACCACUACCAGUAUCGAUAUCAAACACGAAGGAGUUGUCAGGCUCUUAUCCCACGUUAAACGAAUUGACGCAUAAUCAAAAUAUAUCUUACGAAGAAAUAUUAAACAUUCGGAAAAUUACUUCCCCUCGGAGAAAAUCGGAAAACCUAAUAGAUUUCCUCAAUCUCGAUUGUAAGGGCGCUGAACUGUCGGCUCUGCUAGCAGAGAAUAGUAAUAAAGAAAAGCAACCGCUUAGAAAAACUAAAAGUUAUUGUGACAACCGAACGUCGGCGAUACCAACACGCAGAAACUCUCUCCAGGGGUUACUACUAAAACAAAGCAAAAGCUCUAAAUUGCGAACCCGAAGGGCAAACAUGACGCAUUCGUACGAACCAAACAAAUUACUUUCCAAAGCUAUAGCAGAUGGUUACGCUGAUCUUGUUGUUGGCUUGCUUCAAAGUGGUCAGGUGAACAUCAACAAAUUAAACAGUGAUGGAUACGCGCCAUUGCAUUUAGCAGCGUUCGAAGACAAAGCUGAUAUAAUUCGAAUUUUAAUAAACCAUGGUGCUUUUAUUGACAUUUUGGAUAGUACAGGUUUCUCUCCGUUAGAGGUGUCCGUAAAUGAAGGCUCCUUUGAGUGCGCCCAAGUUCUUAUUGAAAAUGGUGCGGACCAGACUCUGAUUUUGGAUGGACACUUUGAUAAACGGAGAAGUCGAGCCUCUUCCAUGGAUGAUGAAUAUCAAAAAUAUUUAAAAACAAAAGCUAGGCAAUAGUUCUUAUCUGGUAAACAUGUUUUUUAUUCACUCCAUCUACAACAAAACAUCGACAAUCUAGAAAAAAAUAGCCAGAAUGCUGAAUUAGUGUUUACAAAAUUUCUUUCUUGAAUUUCUUCAUUUCUUUUGGCAGUUAACUCUACCUAUCAUUGAUUUCGGGUUUUUCCUCUUACAUAAUUUGGAGUUUUUUACUUUUAUAUAAAAAAGCUUGUAUUGAAAUAUCUAAGUUAGUUAAUUUGCACUUUUCAUUUUUAAAAUUACAUUUAUAACGAAAGUUUUUUAUUGGAUUAGAUAUUCCUUAUCCAAUUUACCGAUUUUAAACCAUACAUGUGAUCCAAGCCUUUGCGAGACGUAUUCUUUGAGGUAGCACAAUUGUUACUACUGAUAGACAGGGCGUAAUCAAUAGGGAAAAAGUAGUGAUACAUCAAGAUGCAUGAAACACGAAGAAGGUCCAUUUUAAGUUCAGUAUGGUUGUUUCCUGCACAAUAUAUUGGUACAUGGUCGUCUUUUUUCAUUCAAUUUCAUAACAUUUGGAGUGAAUGUUAGCCAAUAUAGAGGGUUAAAAAUUUUAAGUUUUACAAAAUUUCAAUGAUACAAUGAUAAUAUAACAAGUUGGCUCUUUCCAUAUUAGAGUCGCGCAUUUUUAAAUUUGUCAAAGUUCGCCUCUUACUGUGUACAUCAGACUUAUUUUAGGAUCUAAGGUUUUUUGGUUAAGUCCAUAGUCUACAAAAGCAUACUAAUUGUUGUUAAUGCCAGAAUGACCAUUGUACCCGCAACUUGUGACCGUCGUGGACCCCGACGUAGAUCAUUUCGUUGUGCACACGCGCAGGAGGAUGUCACUAGGAAAAUUUACGAAUAGCGAAAAUGGUCAAUGCUCUGCAGCUGUCGACCUGGCCUUCGUCUGCAGCUGCAGAGCAUUGACCAUUUUCGCUAUUCGGGAAAAUGACGAAAUAAUUGUCUUUGUUCCAAUGCAUUUGUCAACGAUUGUCGAAUCUACUUGGUCAUAUAAUGUGACAGUGACUACAACUGAUUUGCAAUCUUGCCCCUUUUACUGAAAACCUGUGACAACUCUUUUGCUUUUGAGGUCAAUCAAUUUUCCUUUUUUUUAUGUUAUUUUUGAUUUUUCCUAAAAAGUAUUAGGUUAGGACAGAGUCAAUUAUUGGUCCUUGGACUAAAUCCUUGACAGAUAGUAGUAGGACUAAAAUCUUGACCAAAUUUAAAUUCCUUCAAUUCCAAUUAUGGAUUAUAUAUCGUUAAAAUGCAUUUGUUAUGAUCAAAGCAGAUUUUUUUUAUAUUUAAUGUAAAUAGUCUAAUAUUUGAUAAAAUAAAGAUGACAACGUUAUCCAAUUUUUUAACGUCAAAUAGCAGUUGAAGCGAAGGACUGUUAAAAUAACGUAAAAGAUUGAAUACUAAAUGGGGUUCGUACUUUAGAUGACAAAGUAUGUUAAGUUUUAAGCAAUGAAGUGUAAAGGCUUCUUUAUAAGGUAAAAAUCUUGAAUCUGCGAGCGUUUAUCCCUACGAGAAUUGCCGAUGAGACUGAGCCACGAAAGGUAAUUCCCAGAAUUUCUCUGUUGAAGCUCAGCAGUAGGUGUUGCAGACUUAAUGUUUUGAUAGAACUGAUAAAUGAGGCGGUGUUUUUAUAACACGUAUUAGCAGGACGUACGAAAGAUAUAUAAAAAAUACAAAGGACUAAUAUGCACUUUAUAUAUUCAUUAUAUUUAUAUAUCUUAUAUUUUAUUAUUUUUUUUAAGUUGAGAAACAUAUUUUCAUUAGUAUAUUUUUAACAAUGAAUUAUAUUGUAGCAACAUCUUCAUUAUCGGUGUUAUCUUCGGCAAGACGUCUUCAUCUGUCUAUUUUUUAUUUGUCUUUUAACAUUUUAGUCUCAGCAGUGUGAGUCUUCCUUUAAAACACUAAAUUAAUUUCUCGGAAUCAACAAUUGUGAGAUUAAAAGCACAGAUUUUUC